AUGAAGGACAAUAUCCACAACUACUUUGGAAGUGCGCCAGACCGCGGCUCUUUGACUGGCCCGGUGCUAGGGCCACUUAAUGCCACCAUGGAGCUGGCGCUGCACGGCACAAUCCAUUCACGGGAUAAUGGUGACAAUUACUGGCUGUCGAGCCUAGGAAGCCAAGGGCAGUCUCCAUUCGCCGAAUCUGGGUAUCAGUUCUUCCGAAACGUGAAAGACUUCGGUGCCGUUGGCGACGGAGUAACAGACGAUACCGCAGCCAUUAAUCGUGCGGUAACAGCGUUUAGCUCAUCAGAUCACACUAAUUCGCGUUGUGGAAAGGACUGUGGCUCGACAUCUACUGGAGGAGCGGUGGUGUACUUUCCUGUGGGCACGUACGUCAUCAGUACACCCAUCAUCCAGUAUUACUACACCCAAUUUAUUGGAAAUCCCAGCCAGAAGCCUACUAUCAAAGGUUCCAAGAAUUUUACUGGCAUUGCCCUCGUGGACUCGGACUUCUACAUUCCCGGAGGCAAUGGAGACGAAUGGUACAUCAAUCAGAGCAACUUUUAUCGACAGAUUCGCAACUUCGUGUUUGAUAUGACCAGUAUGAACUGGACCAACACGGACAAUAACCAGACAUACGUGCCCGCAGGUAUCCACUGGCAGGUGGGCCAGGCAACGUCGAUCACUAAUUGUGAUUUUAAAAUGGCUGUGUCGACGGCGGAUCAAUCCGCAACGGCUGUGGGUAUCUACAUGGAGAAUGGUAGCGGUGGGAUGGUGGCCGAUCUGACAUUCACUGGCGGAAACAUUGGCUUUUUGGCUGGAAGUCAGCAAUUCACUGCAAUUAACCUAAGGUUCACAUCUUGUCUGACGGCUAUCAAGUCCAUUUGGAACUGGGGUUUCACAUGGAAGAAUAUCUAUGUCCUAUCGUGCUAUAUUGCAAUAGAUGCCACGGAGUACUCAGGGUUGGGUAAGCAGGGAACUGGCUCAAUCGCAGUGGUAGAUUCGCACUUCGAUGGGGUACCCUAUGCGAUCACAAUAGCGAAGCAGGAUAACGAACAGCCCAGUAUUUUACUUGACAACCUGCUCGUCGAAAACUCCGCCUCCGUGGUGCUCAUCUCUGGCGGUGAUACCAUACUAGAGGGAUCAACGGGCGCACUGUACUUUGACUCAUGGGUGAGUGGCUACCGCUAUCUACCUGAUGGGUCAGGGGGCAGGUCUAGUGGCUUUAUGAGUCAAAAGCCAGACAAACCAUCAUCUUUACUGGACGGCUCUGGCGCGUACUUCCGCAGAGCGAAGCCUCAGUACGAGUCAGAGACCCCAGUUGUUGCCACGGAUCAUGGGGUCUCUAAUCAUGGUACGGCGGACCAGGCUGCUGCUAUUAAUAGCCUCCUGUCGGGCAAUGUGGGAUCGGUUAUCUUCUUUCCCGCAGGCGUUUACUUGGUUGAAAGCACUGUGAAGGUUCCCGUCGGUAGCAGGAUUAUUGGGUCCGGAUGGAGCCAGAUUAUGGGUACUGGGUCUACCUUUGAGGACGUAGAGAAUCCAACGGUAGUCGUCCAGGUCGGUGAUAAGGGCGACCAAGGAGUUAUCGAGAUUACGGAUAUGCUCCUCACUGUGAGAGGAGCCACGGCGGGGGCCGUCUUGAUGGAAUGGAACGUGCAUGAGAGCACUCAGGGAAGUGCUGCCAUGUGGGAUACUCACUUUCGUGUCGGCGGAGCUAACGGCACAUACCUUGGGCUGGAGGAGUGCCCAACAGGAGCGGGUGUCAACAAAAAAUGCAUGGCGGCACACCUGUUGAUCCAUGUUACGAGCUUAGCCUCUGGCUAUUUCGAGAAUGUAUGGGCGUGGGUGGCAGAUCACGAUCUUGAUAGCCCCCUGAACGCCGAGGCCUUUGAGAGCGACGCUGGAAUCCCCUUGAAUGUCCAGACUGAUAUUUCCGUAUAUGUUGGCCGAGGGAUUCUGAUUGAGUCACAGGGUCCUACCUGGCUAUAUGGUACGUCCAGCGAGCAUGCGCAGAUGUACCAAUAUCAGUUGGUAAAUGCAGCCAACAUCUACAUGGGCCAUAUGCAGACCGAAACCCCAUACUAUCAACCAAGCCCCAACGCCCUGAGUCCCUACAUCGCGGGCACGUUCUCAGGGGAUCCGACCUAUUUGGACUGUGGUGAUGACCUCUGCAAGGGUGCAUGGGCACUCCGUGUUAUCAAUUCCAGCGAUGUCUUCAUCUAUUCGGCUGGAUUCUACUCAUUCUUUCAGGAUUAUGACGAAGGCUGCAUUGACGCCGAGGAUUGCCAGCAGUCCUUGAUAGAGACCAACUUUGCCAAUAGGCUAUAUAUGUACAACAUCUUUACCAAAGGCAAUGUCGAAAUUGUCUCCCCUCGAGGAAAUCUUGCUCCGCUGCUAUUCAAUGACACCACCAGGAAUGGCUUCACCAGUGAGAUUGCAGCCUGGCUUGCACUCUCAACUGGAGGUGAAGAUAUCGGGUCGAGUAGCAAUGACUCCGGCACUGUUUUUCUUGACCCUCUCAUAUGGGGUGGGCCUAUUGAUGGCACAAAUGUGUCCUGCCAUCCCCCGUGCACGUACGUUAUUCCGCCCACUGUCUUACCUACGCCAACUACGUUUGUCUAUCCUCCUCUACCUACUACUGUCGGGGUGGGGUAUCCGGCUACCACUUCUUAUGUGUACCUGGGGAAGACUACUACAACGACCUCGUGGUUCACGACAAGCACCACCACGACAAUCAGCAUCCCCGAAGUAGUGGGUACCACGAUAUCGUUCUGGAACGUCCCUAUUGGGCCCAGCGUUACCUCGUCAGUCAUCACCCCAUCUCCCAGUGUGAUUCAAACGGCGUUCAAUAUUACCUGGCCCAGCUUCACUCAGAACAUGACAACAUUCCCCGCAACGGUGGUGCCUUUCUAUCCGCCCCCAUGGCCGGGCUCCUCAGUCAAUCCCAGCUUGACCCCAACAGGAAGCUCCCCGACUACCAGCAAGGGAGGACAGACCACCAAGACUACUACGGGUGGCAGCCAUGCGACUAGUGGUAGCGGUGGAGAUGACGAUGACGACGGCGGCCACAAUGACCAUCAUCAUCGCCAUCCUAUCACGCACCACAACGGCCCCGCCAAGCCGAAGUGCACAUCCGACCCCAAGCUUUGUGGUAUUUCGUGUAAUGAAGGUAUUGGUGGCCUGCUAAAUAGAGUUUUCCAUGUCUGCCAUCCCUGCUGGGAAGGCUGUGGUGGUUCUGACUCUCCGAACAACUUCCCCAAUGAUCCCAAUAGUCCCGAUCCCGGCACUCCAGACGAUCCCAACAGCCCUAGCGGCCCUUCCUCCACUACCUCAGAAUGUUCAACAGCCACCUAUAGCUCUUGCAGCACGGCUUGUGUCACAGCUGCCUCUACCAGCUCCUGUACAUCCACGUGUAAAGAUAUUGUCGGCUGUGACACGACGGGCACUUCUAUGCUCGGUACUUACACGCUGGCGCCUAUUAUGACCGGAGUCCCUGAGCCGUGGUACGACUAUGCCGACAACGAACCCACAGACGCUGCCGGUGACUGGGCGGCCGGUGUUUCCAUCUACCGAUCUCUAGGAGAAACUGCUGACCCCACGAGCGGAGUAAGCAAGACUACGAUGACUACUCAACAGCCAACCACCACCAAGGCGCAACCCACGCCUUCCCCGAGCUCGAUCUUCGCUGUCUUUGCCCAGGAGAUCCAAGCCGUGGCCCACGGUGGUGGUGGUUCCCAAAUUGCCUGGGCCUGGCAAGGGAUGCUUCUACCGUAUCCUACCUGGUACGGCGAGGCGUGUAAUUUCAAAAAGAACCGAGUCGUCAACGGGGGCUUCUUCUCCAAGGGUCAAAAGUACCCAUCCUCACUCGGCACCUUCUCACUCGGCAGCUAUAAGAACUGCAAAUAUACGGGCUCGAAGGAUAGUGUGGGGGAGGUCAAUUGUGACGGUGGAGUGACGCUGUCCUGUACGGGGGUUGAUACGUCGCACACCACGCCACAGUCCCCGACUGCGGACUGUGAGGAUGUUGAUGACCCUCAAGCAGGGCUCGCGAAGAACCAGCUCUACUUGCAGCUUUACUGUCCCAUUGUAUGA